GCUACCACGUUCUGUGCUUCUCAGCGCUGCACUGGGGGUCGUGUGUUCGCCCCAUCCCGUCGCCAUGGCCGGGCUCGUGGUCAGUGGAACGCAAGUGUCCUACAUUGGCCAGGACUGCAGAAAAAUUCCGGAGCACCUCGGCAGGGACUGUGGACAUUUCGCAAAGAGGCUUGAUCUGAGCUUUAACCUUCUGAGGUCACUGGAAGGACUGAGCGCGUUCAGGAGCCUGGAGGAACUCAUCUUGGACAACAAUCUGCUCGGGAACGACCUCAUGUUGCCAGGGUUACCCAGGCUCCAUACCUUAACCCUCAACAAGAACCAAAUCACUGACUUGGAGUUUCUGCUUGACCACCUGGCAGAGGUGGCCCCAGCUCUAGAAUACCUUAGCCUGCUGGGUAACAUGGCAUGUCCCAAUGAACUGGUCAGCUUGGACAAGGACGAGGAAGACUACAAGAGAUACAGAUGCUUCGUUCUGCACAAGCUGCCCAAUCUAAAGUUUUUGGAUGCCCGAAAAGUAACCAGGCAAGAACGAGAGGAAGCUUUGGUCAGAGGGGCGUUCAUGAAGGUGGUGAAGCCCAAGGCUUCCGGGGACAGUGUCGAUGCCUCUCCCGAGUGCCACUACACACCCCUGCCGUCGGCUUCCAGGGAACUCACCAGUCACCAAGGUGUCCUGGGGAAGUGUCGCUAUCUUUACUACGGAAAAAACUCGGAGGGCAACAGGUUUAUUCGCGAUGACCAGCUCUGAAGGUCAUCAAUGAAAAACAGUUUUUUCUUAGACACACUCCAGCUAAGCUAAAGAAAAUGCCAUUCCUGCGCCUCCCUUGCAGCUAUGGACGGCUAUACGACCAAGUUCUGUUCAAUGAUUUAGAGUGGAUGUGUGGUGAAUGGGCCUCAAGGAAAUAUCUAUAAAAAAGAGAUUGUUUCCUUCUUACUGUAUCUGCUAAUUUGUAAGCAUGGUAGCUGGAGCUUUAGCAUUCAUUUUGACUUUCUUGGCUUCCUUGAGAAUGAAAGCAAUGGGUGAAAGACAAUGAAAACGAAAGAUGGAAACUCUGUUUCUGAUAACAAUAUGAGCCUACCAAACCCACUCUGUACUGCUAAAUUUCUCCUUGUAACAGAGAAAUAAAAAUGUGU